AUGGCAGCUUCUGGCAGCAGUUUGUUUUACGAUUUGGACAGUGUUACCAAGAGAAAUUCUUACAGCUACGAAGACGUCGUAGGUUUAUCGACGUUUAACAUAUUCAGGGCACUUAACAGAAAAGGCGACGAGUGGCCAAGAGCACCUUCAGAGCCUGUACAUAUUAUUCAGGAAUGCACUACACACAUUAAACCCAAUUUAAAUUCAUGCGACAAAAAAGAAGAAAAUUUAAAUAGGAUUAAAAGUGGUUUUUUCCAAAACUGUGUACUGUCAUCAGGAAUAUGUUUGAAAGAUAAUAUUGAAGACUCUGAAAGUAGUAGUAACCAGAAUGAACCUCAAAAUACACAUUCCGAAGAUAUCAUUACUGGAGUUGAAAAUUAUGUCUCAUAUCAGACCGAGCACGUCAAAUUUGAAGGUUACAAACCAAACAAAAAGGAUCGCGAAAAACGCAUUAAAGAUCCAUGUCCUUGUGGUAUAGAUGGGCUCGGUUGUACUUGCAAAUACAAUGUUACAGCUGCUGAGGCUAAAACAAGCAAGUCUUUAUUUAAACAGAGGACAACUUCAACCAAUAAAACUCAUUUGGAGAUGGAGGACAAACGUAUACGCAUGAGCGGCGAUGGAGUAGGCGAAAAAUAUACAGUAAACCUUUCAAAAAAUGACACGUCUUGUGUUUUAAUUUUGGAUGCAUACGAUAUUGCAAAAAUGAGUCAUAGUCAGAUAUCAAAUUCCCGCAAAGGUGGAGUCAAGCUCGUGAAAGUUGUAAGAAAUAAAGAUAGAGUGAAACCAAAAAAAGUACGGGCUGUGAGGUGUCCCAACUGUCAUCAACAUAUAGAAUUGGCUGUCAGUACAGAAGAUGAAGCGAGUACAGGCGUUCAACCCAAAACGGAUCGUAAAUCGGAAACUGAGUUCACCUGUAUGGCGGCCUCAACAGACCGAUAUCAUCCAAAAAUUGAAAUUCCAAAAGAAUGUCCACAUGGUUGCGAGAUGGUACCACUUUGUCAAAUACUACCCAAAGUAAAUUUUGACGCAUCUAGUAUAAAGCAGAAUAUCCCCAAGACAACGACGCCACGCUUCAUUAAGAUGACUAAAGCCUGCAAACAUUAUCCUCCUUGCACUGUCGUCCCUUCAUGUCAAAGGAACAAUGUCUUAAAAGCCAAUUAUGACUGCAUCACACCUUGCAGCCAUCGCCCUCAGUGUGUUAAUCUGCCGUUAUGCACUCCAUUUUGUAAAAACCUGCAGUAUGAUGAAACGACAAAACACUACGUACAUAACGAGGAAAAAACAAAAAAUUGCUACUUUCCUGCAUUUAAAUAUUUUCCUGUAAGUCAUUAUAAAUUACUACAACCACAUAUUAUAUCUCAAAACCUCAAUGCAUUUCCUCCUCCAGCAUAUUACGUAAAUCAAACUCACUUAUCGUGUCAAGUUCCGCCAUUAAAUACAAAGCAAUGUGACAAUGCAACUAAAUCUUGUCAAUAUGAUGAUCCAAAGCAUGAGCCUAAUGAUGCGGCAAAAGAGGAUGUACCUGAUGCAAGCGUUAUAUAUAUCAGAGAUGUUGGAUGUCAAUUUAAAAACUCCUCCUUUACACCACCCCAUACGUCUUAUUACCAAACACGAGUAUGUUAUACUUCUAGCGCUUCCUUUGAUCCUGGGAGUAAACGUUUGGACAAUAUAUAUACCAAUCUCAAAGCUUUUACUUGCGAUACAUUAACAAAUGAUGCAAAAUCGAAAGCAAAAUGCAAGUCAUGGACGAGUCUGUCACCGUGUUCCGCCACAACGACACAACGUGAUUCAUCUCACAAGCCAUCCCCUAAGACACGUGUAGGCUCCAACACUGUAGCAUUCUGCAUGUUGCGAAACGGUGAACGGGGGUACGUGUUCCCGGUCAAACCAAAAGGAAGUGCUCUCAAAGGUACAUGUAAGAAUAAAUUUACUAUUCAGCGUCGGCAAAUAUCUAAAGUCUUUUCCAACUUUUGGUGUAGAAAACAAGUGUAAUUUUUAUAAAUGACAAUUCAAUGUCACUGUUUAUAUAUUUUGGAAAAGUUGUGUAGUAAAAUU